ACUUCCAGGUUAGAGGCGUGGGCGACCGGCUGCACCUGGGGAGUGAUGGCAACACAGGAGCCGAAGCCCGGAGCCAAGUCGCGCAGGGAACAGACGCGAAAGAAAAACAAGAAGAGGUUCUGGAAAAUCGGAGCACGGGACGCCGGCAGGAAGCCGGGGCAACACCCUGGGCUGGUCGUCGGGCCACCACCUAAAGCCCCGGAAGAUUUUUCCCGUAACUGGAAGGCGCUGCAAGAGCUGCUGAAACAAAAAUCCCAGACCCCAGAAAAGCCUCAGAUGGAUUCUAAAAAGCAGCCCAAAAUUACUCAACAAAACAGAAAAGAGGCAUCAGCUAAAUCAAAAAGAGAUGAGAAGAGUCGAGAAAGAACAGACCACGGGGCCAAUGGGGGUAUUGUUCCUUCAGGACCUCUCCCGUGCAAGACCCCCCCAGUACCUCCCACCAAAGCUGGCAGAGCAAAAGACCAGAAAGGAGCUAAGAAAAGACUAAAUGGAGAUGUUCCUUGGCAACCAGGAGAUGUAAAGCGUAAGAAGCAGAAAACUAAGGAGACAUCUGUAGCCCUGGCUCCAGCCGCACCCACUGAAGAUGACAUCUGGUUUGAUGAUGUUGACCCCGUGGACAUCGAAGCAGCCAUUGGCCCAGAGGCAGCCCAGAUAGCAAAGAAGCGCCUGGGCCAGAGUGGGAACCGUGUGUCUCUGGUGAAGGAGCAAGCCUUCGGCGGCCUGACGCGAGCCCUCGCCAUGGACUGCGAGAUGGUGGGUGUGGGCCCCAAUGGGGAAGAGAGCAUCGCAGCCCGAGUGUCCAUCGUGAACCAGUUUGGGAAGUGCUUGUACGACAAGUAUGUCAAGCCCACCCAGCCCGUGACGGACUACAGGACGGCAGUCAGCGGGAUCCGGCCGGAGCACCUCGGGCAGGGAGAGAAGUUGGAGGUGGUUCAGAAGGAGGUGGCUGACAUGCUGAAGGGACGAAUUCUGGUGGGACAUGCACUGCAUAAUGACUUAAAGGUACUAUUUCUAGAUCACCCCAAAAAACAGAUUCGGGACACACAGAAGUACAAGCCUUUCAAGACACAAGUGAAGAGUGGGAGGCCGUCUCUGAAGCUACUCGCAGAGAAAAUCCUGGGCAUCCAGAUGCAGCAAGCAGAGCACUGUUCGAUUCAGGAUGCCCAGGCAGCAAUGAGACUGUACAUCAUGGUCAAGAAGGAGUGGGAGAGCACAGCCCAAGACAGACGCCCCCAGGCCAUCGCUCUGCAUGACCAAGAUGCCUAGCAGGGACCCUGGAGCUGACGGAGUGUCCCUGGAAUGGCAGCUGGCAAAAUGGUUUCAGAAUCACAGCAGCAAGGCCAUUGCGGCAUGUGUGCGGCUGAGGAGAAGCGGCCUCUGAUUCUGUGCUCUGAAACCAUGUCCCACCCUGGGGGGAAGAGGGAGUAGGGCAGCACGGAGCUGAAAGGGGACAAGGCAUUGGGGUGUCUGUUCUGGUACAGCCAGGAGGUGGGUGUCAGGACUGCUGUACCAUCAGGACAGGAAGUCUGGGCUGUACCCCAUUGGGCAAGGCAGCAGGCUUCCUGGGGACCUGAGGUACUGGUCUAAGAAGCAUUUGAUCACAAUCUGGGUCUUUAACUUCUGGCCCACCCACCUGUCUGCAGUCAGCAGCUACAUGCAGCCUCCAGCGCUUUCUGUGACUGUCUUUGCACUGAGACACUUUCUAAAGCAAGGGUUUUCUGUUCUCAGAUUACACACACACACACACACACACACACACACACACACACAGAGGUACAGCUCUUGUCCCUAGAAGCAGCGCCUCUGUGCCUCUGUGUUUAGGAAUCUAGGGCAUCCAUGCUGACGUGGGGCCAUCUGAGCUGGGAAAGCCUCGUCUUUCCUGCAGACCCGGGAGAGCAGAAGCAGAGCAGCCGCUGGCACUGAAUAAAAUGUGAGCUGUCACCAAGGCCACAUGACCACUGUACAAAAGGGUCCAGAUCCACUGAGAUUGUUGGACAUAAAACAGAUUUUUACUUAA